AUCUAUCAAUACAUGUUUUGCGCAUGUCUCGAAAUUGUUUCCCAUGAGAUAAUAUGCAAAUAGCGGGAACCGGCUCGUACCCUUGCGCAGCCCACAGCACUACCCCACACUUGGCAACCAGAUCCCCACCAUCCCAAUCAGCUUCAGCCUUACCACAACUGCCUGGGACAACCUCCAGCGGGGAGCUGUCCUGGAAACAACAACUCUCGAUUUUCGGAGCUCCCAAACUCACGACCCCACAUCAUCGCCACACCAAUUAGGUACCAGAUCGAUUGGUAAACGACUCAGUCAUCAUCAUGUCUGACGACGAUUUCAUGCAAGCCUCUGAUGAGGACUACGACUUCGACUACGAAGACGAGGAGGAGGAGGACAACGGUGAUGUCGACAUCGAGAACAAAUACUACAACGCGAAACAGACCAAGACGAGCGAUCCCGAAGAGGCUAUCACGGAGUUUCUCAGUAUUCCAUCGCUAGAACCAGAGAAGGGAGAAUGGGGUUUCAAAGGCCUCAAGCAAGCCAUCAAGCUGGAGUUUAAGCUCGGCCGGUAUCAACAGGCUCUCGAUCACUACAAGGAGCUCCUCACAUAUGUCAAAUCGUCCGUCACCAGAAACUACUCAGAGAAGUCGAUCGACAACAUGCUCAACUAUGUCGAGAAAGGAGCCGACAACCCGGCAGCGGUCAAGUUCAUCGAGCAAUUCUACUCCGAGACCCUCAAAUGCUUCCAGAACACCAACAACGAGCGUCUAUGGCUCAAGACCAACAUCAAGCUCGCCAGGCUACUGCUCGAUCGAAAGGACUACCACGCCAUGACCCGGAAGAUCAAGGAGCUACACAAGGCUUGCCAGAAGGAGGACGGAACUGACGAUCCCAGCAAAGGCACAUAUUCUCUCGAGAUCUACGCCCUGGAGAUUCAGAUGUACUCGGCGAUGCGCAACAAUAACCAGCUCAAGAUUCUCUACAACAAGGCGCUGAAAGUCAAGUCGGCAGUGCCUCAUCCCAAAAUUCAGGGCAUCAUCCGCGAGUGCGGCGGCAAAAUGCACAUGAGCGAGGAGAACUGGAAAGAGGCCCAGAGCGACUUUUUCGAAGCUUUCCGCAACUACGACGAGGCCGGCGAUCUUAGGCGGAUCCAGGUGCUCAAAUACUUGCUGUUAACAACCAUGCUCAUGAAGUCGGACAUCAACCCCUUUGACAGUCAGGAGACCAAGCCGUACAAGAACGACCCUCGCAUCGCCGCCAUGACGGACCUGGUGGAUGCAUAUCAACGGGAUGACAUUUACAAGUACGAGGACGUGCUCCAGAAGAACACGGAUCUGCUUGCAGACCCUUUUAUUGCUGAGAACAUCGACGAGGUUACGCGUAACAUGCGGACCAAGGGCGUUCUUAAGCUUAUUGCCCCGUACACUCGCAUGCGGUUGAGCUGGAUCGCCAAGCAGCUGCAGAUUGGAGAAGAGGAGGUCCAGGAUAUUGUCAGCUACCUUAUUGUUGACGGCAGGGUACAGGGCCGGAUUGAUGAGCACGCUGGCACGUUUGAGAUUGAGUCCAAGGGCGACGCUGAUCGCAUUCAGGCGAUUGAGACUCUGGCGAGCGCGGUGGGGGAUUUGUACACGUCUGUGUUCAAGGACUCGGAGGGGUUCAAGAUUAUGCAGUCGUAUGACAAUAUCAUGAUGGAUAUGCAUUCUGGUGACGAUCGGAUGAUGAGGCCGUCGGUUCCGGGGUAUAGGAGGGAGGGGAGGAGUAGGGGUGGGGUGAUGAUUCACUAGUUCUUUUUCGGGGAGGGGGGAUAUGGCGAUAGAUUUAUGAAAUGGGUUUUGUAUGGUAUGAAUAUUGAUAGCGGAUUCUGCCUU